AUGGUUGAAGGAAGUGUUACUGAUUUUAAGGGCUUUAACCCGAAGUGCCUCCUGCCGAACAGUCUGGAGUACUGGACGUACCCAGGCUCUCUCACAACUCCUCCACUGUAUGAGAGCGUCACAUGGAUUUUGCUGAAAGAACCUAUUUAUGUGUCUGAGAAGCAGAUGUCGGUUUAUGAAAAUGAAUGGUUGUGGAGGGAGAUGGAUGUGGGAAGCACUCCCGCUGAAUCAAAGUCAUUGGUAUUGAUGUAAAUUAGGGAUAGUCCACAGUAUCCCAGUAUGCUGGUGGUGACAGUGAAUCUGGUCAGAAAUGAUCUCAUCUGCUGACAUGAUUGCAUGUCUGGUUUCUUUAACUGAUUUUGCAUAAAUAAA